GCUGGUGGUGAAGCAGCUGAAGAACGACGGCAGGACGUUGCAGAAGCCGAUGGCGUACAACUCCUGGUUGGCGUCCACUUGGUAGCCGUGCUUCUUGGCGAACAUCUCCGACAGCGACACCGUGAUGGCGAAGCCCACCAGCGCCAUGGAGAAGGCGUCCACCGCCACGUUGGGGAUGAGGGACCACGUCGGCAUCUGCGGCGGCAGGAAGCCCGUGGGGAUCUCCCCGGCCACCUCUGAGCCGUAGUCCACGUGGAAACGGCCGAAAUGAGACGCCAGUGUGGCGAUUAUGACCACAAAGAGCUCAAAGGGGAUUGGAGCCUGAAGAAGGAACAGGAAGUCAAAACCAGACUGAAAGUGAAAGAAAACUGAAGCAUGAGCGGCCGGGCGCAGGAGGAAAAGGAGGAUUGGAGCGACACAAAAGUAUCUAUUGGAGAACUGUGAAAACAUGACGACAAAUAAAACCCUGGGAGAGGACAGAGGGAUUACUCACAACACAACAACUUCAUCAGGACCCGCCUCACAGCCAUGGUGGACGCAGCCACGGCCGAGCAGUUCCUGGACGCCAACCCGCAGUUCGCCAAAGACUACUACGAUGUAAACUUCAGGCCCAAAGUGGUGUCGGAGCUGCUGGACAACAACCGCAGGACGGCGGUGGACGUCAGCCACUUCCACCAGCUGAGCAUGGUGGAGGAGAGCGAGGUCCUGUUCGACCUGGUGCGCGACAUCCAGGACAACCUGCAGAUGGAGAAGUCCGUCUUCAACCUGAUGAGGCACCUCAGCUUCAUGAUGAGGGCCGAGCGCAUGAGCCUCUUCAUGUACCGCCAGAGGAACGGCGUGGCCGAGCUGGCCACCAGGUUGUUUAACGUCCACAAAGAUGCCGUGUUUGACGACUGCUUGGUGCCGCCUGACAGUGAAAUAGUCUACCCGCUGGACUUGGGCAUCGUGGGUCAUGUGGCCUCCACCAAGAAGAUGGUCAACGUGCCCAAUGUGUCCCAGGAUCCUCACUUCAGCAACUUUGUGGACGAGCUGACGGAGUACACCACCAAGAACGUCCUGGCCGUGCCCAUCAUGAACGGCAAAGACAUGGUGGCAGUCAUGAUGGCCGCCAACAAGAUGGAGGCGCCGCACUUCACCGCCAAGGACGAAGAGACCUUGAACAAGUAUCUGAACUUUGCAAACCUGGUCCUGAGAGUGUUCCACCUGAGCUACCUGCACAACUGUGAGACCAGGAGGGGACAGGUGCUGCUGUGGUCGGCCAGCAAGGUGUUUGAGGAGCUGACCGACAUCGAGAGGCAGUUCCACAAGGCCUUGUACACCGUCAGAGCCUUCCUCAACUGUGACCGCUACUCUGUGGGCCUGCUGGACAUGACCAAGACUAAGGAGUUCUUUGACCUGUGGCCCGUCCUGAUGGGAGAAGUUCCUCCAUACGAAGGACCCAAAACACCUGACGGCAGAGAAAUUAUCUUCUACAAAAUCAUUGACUACAUUUUGCACGGCAAAGAAGACAUCAAAGUCAUCCCGAAUCCUCCAGCAGACCACUGGGCUUUAGUCAGUGGCUUGCCCACAUAUGUGGCUGAAAAUGGACUGAUUUGCAACAUAAUGAACGCCGCUCAGGAUGAGUUUUUCAACUUUCAGAAAGAACCUCUGGACGACUCCGGCUGGACCGUCCGGAACGUUCUGUCCAUGCCCAUCGUCAACAAGAAAGAGGAGAUUGUGGGCGUGGCCACCUUCUAUAACAGGAAAGAUGGCAAACCCUUUGACGAAAUGGACGAGACGCUGAUGGAGUCCCUAACUCAGUUCCUGGGCUGGUCGGUGCUCAACACGGACACCUACGACAAGAUGAACAAGCUGGAGAACAGGAAGGACAUCUUCCAGGACAUGGUGCUCUACCACGUCAAGUGUCGCAAGGACGAGAUCCAGAACAUCCUGAACACCCGAGAGAGAUGGGGGAAGGAACCAGACCAGUGUGAAGAGGAAGAACUGGAGGAGAUCCUGUCUGAAGUUCUUCCCAACACCAAGAAAGCUGAGAUCCUGGAGUUUCACUUCUGUGACUUUGAGCACAGCGAGUUGGAGCUGGUGAUGUGUGGUGUCAAGAUGUACUACGAACUCAAAGUGGUCGACAAGUUUCACAUCCCCAGAGAGGUCCUGGUGAGGUUCAUGUACUCGCUCAGUAAGGGCUACAGGAAGAUCACCUAUCAUAACUGGAGACAUGGAUUCAACGUCGGACAGACAAUGUUUACUCUGCUCAUGACAGGUGACCUGAAGCGUUACUACACUGACCUGGAGUGCAUGGCCAUGGUGACCGCUGGCUUCUGCCACGACAUUGACCACCGAGGCACCAACAACCUCUACCAGAUGAAGUCUGGAAAUCCUCUGGCAAAACUCCACGGCUCGUCCAUCUUGGAAAGGCACCAUCUUGAGUUUGGCAAGACCCUGCUGAGGGAUGAGUCGUUGAACAUCUACCAGAAUCUGAACCGCCGCCAGCAUGACACGGUCAUCCACCUCAUGGACAUCGCCAUUAUCGCCACGGACUUGGCGCUCUACUUCAAGAAGAGGACCAUGUUCCAGAAGAUUGUGGACCAGUCCAAGACGUACGACAACUGGAACGACUGGACCAAGUACAUGAUGCUGGAGACCACGCGCAAGGAGAUCGUCAUGGCGAUGAUGAUGACGGCCUGCGACCUGUCGGCCAUCGCCAAGCCCUGGGAGAUCCAGAGCAAGGUGGCGCUGUCAGUGGCUGCUGAGUUCUGGGAGCAAGGAGACCUGGAGAGGACGGUCCUGGAACAACAACCCAUUCCGAUGAUGGACCGAAACAAAGCAGACGAUCUUCCCAAGCUCCAGUGCGGCUUCAUCGACUUUGUCUGCUCCUUCGUUUACAAGGAGUUCAGUCGUUUCCACGUGGAGAUCACGCCGAUGCUGGAUCGCCUGCUGAACAACAGGAAGGAGUGGAACGCUCUCAAGGAGGAGCACGAGGCCAAGGUCGCCGUCAUCGAGGCGGACAAGAAGGCCAAGGAGGAGGCGGCGGGGAAGGCUGCUGCCGCCAGACAAGCUGGUGCAGCAGCACAGUCAAAGACCUGUACUCUCAGUUAGUGUGGCGCCAUCUACUGUACCUCUACUACAUCUACAGUCCUGUUCCUCUUCUGUACUUCUACUACAUCUACUGUACUACUACUACUACAUCUACUGUACCUCUACUACAUCUACAGUCCUGUUACUACAUCUACUGUACCUCUACUGUACUUCUACUACAUCUACUGUACCUCUACUACAUCUACAGUCCUGUUACUACAUCUACUGUACCUCUACUGUACUUCUACUACAUCUACUGUACUGCUACUACAUCUACAGUCCUGUUACUACAUCUACUGUACCUCUACUGUACUUCUACUACAUCUACUGUACUACUACUACUACAUCUACUGUACUUCUACUACAUCUACUGUACUACUAAUACUACAUCUACUGUACUUCUACUACAUCUACUGUACUGCUACUACAUCUACAGUCCUGUUACUACAUCUACUGUACCUCUACUACAUCUACUGUACUACUACUACUACUACAUCUACUGUACUUCUACUACAUCUACUGUACUACUACUACUACUACAUCUACUGUACUUCUACUACAUCUACUGUACUGCUACUACAUCUACAGUCCUGUUACUACAUCUACUGUACCUCUACUGUACUUCUACUACAUCUACUGUACUACUACUACUACUACAUCUACUGUACUUCUACUACAUCUACUGUACUGCUACUACAUCUACAGUCCUGUUACUACACCUACUGUACCUCUACUGUACUUCUACUACAUCUACUGUACUGCUACUACAUCUACAGUCCUGUUACUACAUCUACUGUACCUCUACUGUACUUCUACUACAUCUACUGUACUACUACUACUACAUCUACUGUACUUCUACUACAUCUACUGUACUACUACUACUACAUCUACUGUACUUCUACUACAUCUACUGUAAUUGUACUACAUCUACUGUCCUGCUACAAUAUCUACUGUAGUUUUACUACAUCUACUGUACUUUUACUACAUCUACUGUACUUCUACCACAUCUACUGUACUACUACUACAUCUACUGUAGUUUUACUACAUCUACUGUACUGCUACUACAUCUACUGUACCUCUACUGUACUUCUACUACAUCUACUGUAAUUUUACUACAUCUACUGUACUAUUACUAC